AUGGCUCUCUCUAGUAUUGAGCACUAUUUGUCGUACCACUUGCGGGUCCUACUUCCGCAAGUGCUUUCCUCUAAGUCAUCGCACAAUAUUGCGUACAUAUUUGCAUUAUUCGCAGCUAUCACGUCGGGAUUCGUUUCACUAAUAUCUCUUUAUGCACAGCCAUGGCAGGAACAUCUGUCCUACAGUUCAUGGCAGAUCAACAUGAUUGUAACUGUGAUCAAUAUGGGUAUGUACCUUACUCCACCAAUUCUGGGUAUAAUCGCCGAUAUACAUGGCCCCAUCACUCUGAGCUUAAGUUCAGUUCUGGGUUUUAUUCCUUCGUAUGCAUAUUUGGCAUAUACUUUCCAUCGAGAUCAUAGCUUCACUAAUGAAUCAGAUGGAUCAUUUACGCCGACCUUGGUGUGUUUCUUUAUCAUUGGUGUAGCAACCAGUGGAUUGUACUUCAGCGCCUUAAUUACAUGUGCAAAGCUAUUCCCCGGUACCAAAUUGCUUUCUAUUAGUAUACCAACUACAUGUUAUGGUCUGUCAAGUCUUAUUGGCUCGCAGUUUUUGAGGGUGAAGUACUUCCACCCAGUUGAUUAUCCUUACCUAGACCUAGGAAGGGUAUUCAAGGCAUUCGCCUGGAUCUACACUGUUAUUGGUGUGAUGAUAUGGAUUGCGACAAGCAAAGUCGCACAGAUCCAGCACGAGGCGGAUAUUAUGGAAGAACAAGACCGGAUGGCAGAGCCAUCGGAUAACGAUGUAGAGAAUCAUUACGAUGACAACGAACAAUCCAGGCUAUUACAUGCAACUCAUGCCCAGCAGAUGACGUUGAUGAAAGUGUUUAGAGAUCCCGUAUUGUACAUAUUUGGUGCUACGAUUUUCUGUGCAUUAGGCCCAUUGGAGAUGUUUAUCGCCAAUAUGGGGUCAUUGACCAAUGUGCUCGCUGGUGGCCACGAACCCGCCAUGUCUAGCGCGCUGUUAUCCAUAUAUGCAUUGACCUCUACGUUGACUAGACUUGGCACUGGUCUGACGGUAGAUUACUUCAACAAGAGGCAGCUGUCUGUGAAGUGGAUUCUCCUGCUGUUCCUGGUUGUGGGUUUAGUCACCCAGGGUAAGAUAUACAUGUUGUCCAUGUCAAGUCUGGACCAUAGCCACAUGGUAACCAUAAACAGGAAACUGUUCUACAUUGGCAUAAUGCAAGGUAUCGCAUAUGGUGGCCUGUUUACGAUAUAUCCCACAAUCACCUUGAUGGUCUGGGGAGAGAAGAUGUUCGGAACAGCGUACGGUACAUUAAUGAUCGCACCAGCUCUGGGUUCAGCACUCUCGUGUCUCAUCUACGCAGAUGUAUACGACUCUGAGUGUGCCAACUCAACCACGAGAAGCUGCAUCGCCCCAGUGUACGAAACCACCGCACUCGAGUUCUGCGCAGCUAUACUUCUAACUGUAGUGGUAACAGUACUCUGGCGCAAACGCAGAACACACAUAUAA